AUGGCCGGAGCCCUGCCCGGCCCCGCUCUCCUGCUCUGCGCCGCCCUGGCCCUCUCCGCCCGGGCCGACGAGUUGCUGGCCAGCACCCGGGCGGGGCGGGUGCGGGGCCUGCGGGUGCCCGUCCUCUCGGGCCAGGUCUCCGCCUUCCUGGGCAUCCCGUACGCCGAGCCGCCCAUGGGCAGGCUGCGGUUCCGCCGGCCGGAGCCCAAGCGAGCCUGGAGCGGGCUGCUGGACGCCGGCGCCUACCGCCACGCCUGCUACCAGUACGUCGACACCCUCUACCCCGGCUUCCCCGGCACGGAGAUGUGGAACCCCAACCAGGAGAUGAGCGAGGACUGCCUGUACCUCAACCUCUGGGUGCCCUCCCCGCGCCCCAAAAACGCCACCGUGCUGGUCUGGAUCUACGGCGGCGGCUUCUACAGCGGCUCCGCCUCGCUGGACGUCUAUGACGGGCGCUACCUGGCCUACGCCGAGCAGGUGGUGGUGGUCUCCAUGAACUACCGGGUGGGGGCCUUCGGCUUCCUGGCCCUCUCGGGCAGCCAGGAGGCGCCGGGCAAUGUGGGGCUACUGGACCAGCGGCUGGCCCUGCAGUGGGUACAGAGCAACAUCCACUUCUUCGGGGGCAACCCGAAGGCGGUGACCAUCUUCGGGGAGAGCGCCGGGGCCGCCUCGGUGGGCAUGCACCUGCUCUCGCCCGGCAGCCGCCCGCUCUUCCGCCGCGCCAUCCUGCAGAGCGGGGUGCCCAACGCCCCCUGGGCCACCGUGCCCCCGGCCGAGGGCCGGCGUCGGGCCGUCCAGCUGGCCAAGCUGGUGGGCUGCCCGCCGGGCAACGACUCGGAGCUGGUGGCCUGCUUGCGGGACAAGACCCCACAGGAGCUGAUCGACCAAGAGUGGCAGGUGCUGCCCCACCAGAGCGUCUUCCGCUUCUCCUUCGUGCCGGUGUCCGACGGGGACUUCUCCGGCGAGGUGCCCGAGGCCACGCCGGGCGCCGGCGGCUUCAAGGAGACCCAGGCGCUGGUGGGGGUGGUGCGGGACGAGGGCACCUACUUCCUGAUCUACGGGGCGCCCGGCUUCAGCAAGGACAACGAGAGCCUGAUCAGCCGGGAGGACUUCCUGGGCGGGGUGCGCAUGGGGGUGCCCCAGGCCAACGAGCUGGCGGCCGAAGCCGUGGUGCUGCAAUACACCGACUGGCUGGACCAGGACAACCCAGUGAAGAACCGGGAGGCCAUGGACGACAUCGUGGGGGACCACAACGUCAUCUGCCCCGUCACCCACUUCGCCCUGCGGCUGGCUGAGCGGGGCGCCCGGGUCUACACCUACUUCUUCGACCACCGCGCCUCCAACAUGCUCUGGCCCCCCUGGAUGGGGGUGCCCCACGGCUACGAGAUCGAGUUCGUCUUCGGCCUGCCCCUCGACCCCAGCCUCAACUACACGGCCGAGGAGGCCGCGCUCAGCCGCCGCAUGAUGCGCUACUGGGCUAACUUCGCCCGCACUGGGGACCCCAAUGAGGUAUCGGAGCGGGGGGUGCGCUGGCCCCCCUACACCCCGCGGCAGCAGCAGUACGUACAGCUGAACCCGCGCCCCCUGGCUGUGGGGCAGGGGCUCCGGGCCCAGGUCUGCGCCUUCUGGAACCGCUUCCUGCCCAAGCUUCUCAACAUCACUGAUAACAUCGAGGAGGCUGAGCGGCAGUGGCGGCUGGAGUUUCACCGCUGGAGCGCGUACAUGGGCCACUGGAAAAGCCAGUUCGACCACUACAGCCGACAAGACCGGUGCUCCGAGCUGUGA